AUAUAAAAAUCUAAUUCUUAAUUUUUUUGUUUUAAACCAUUUUAAAAAUUAUUUUAAAGAAAAUAAUUAUUUCAUUUAUUCAAUAAUAAAAUGUUUCAUUAUUGGACAGAUAAUGUUCAUACUACAUCAUUCACACCUCGAGAUUUUCAAGUUGAAUUACUAGCUUCUGCUUUAGAAAAGAAUAUCAUUGUUUGUAUAGGACAGAAAUCUUCAAAAGAAUUUAUCGCACUUAAAUUGAUUCAAGAACGUGCAUCAGAUAUUAGGAGAAAUAAUUAUUCAAAAAAGAAAGCAAAAAAGUGGACGAUCUACAUAACUAAUCGUAACAGUGAAUCAACUUAUAAUUUAAUACAUCAUUUAACUGAUUUAAAAGUAUACCUUCACAGUCCAACUUCUCAAGGAGUGGAAAAAGCAGAUUAUGAUGAAAAUCAAGUAUUAAUUUUAAGUCCAAAAUUUUUUUUAAAUGAGUUAGAAGGCAAUAGAAUAAAUUUUUGCCAUGUAAAUGUAUUAAUAGCCGAAGACUGUCACGAUUUGGAAAAUCAAAACGUCCUUUUUCAAAUAUUCGAUAAAUUUUAUUCCAAAUGCCCAGAAAACUCUAAACCUAAAAUUUUAUGCUUAGCAGGGCCAUUACAUAGUGCGGGCUGCCUUCCUACUGAUUUGAAAGGAACUUUAGAUAUUUUUGAGAAAAAAUUACAUUGUGAAGCAGAGACGGCAAGUGAUAUAGUUACUGUAUUAAGAUAUUGCUCAAAACCAACAGAAAUUAUAUUAGAAUGUGCUCAACCUCCUCAAAAUGAACUUAUUGCAAUUUUAAAAGAAAUCAUUUUUACUAAGCAAGAAUUUUUAAAAGAUCACCGCUACGACCCAUCUGAAAUAUACAGUGAUGAGUUUUUAGAGGAAUUGCAAGGUAUACCAGAUCCUAAAAACGAACCUAAUAAGUUUUUGAACAUAUACUUGGAUGUACUUAACGAAAUGGGGCCUUGGUGUGCCGAUCGCGUUGCACUUAAUUUUUUAUCACAAAUAGAAAAACAAAAAGUAAAAACACCGUAUGAAAGGCAUUUUUUACUUUUGUGUUUGGUUUCAACGACACUAGUUGAGAUUCGAUCAUACUGUGAUUAUGUUUUCCAUAAAUUACCUAAAGAAAAGGAUCGCAUUGAAAAAUAUUCGAGUCCAAAAGUAUUACGCUUACUUGAAAUUUUAAGAUGUUUUAAACCCGAAACUCAAAAAACGGAAAAUAAAGAACUAGAAAAAAUUAUAAACGAUAUAGAUAAAUUAGAUUUCAAAAAGCUAACAAAUGUUUUAGAAAGCACUUCACAAAUGCUGGAAAGAAAUGAAAGUCGGGAAUUACGGAAUGUCAUGGAAAAUUUGGAAAAUAUAGUACAAGAUGCACAAUUGCAAUAUUCUACUUCUAAGGAAAUAAAUAUAACAAAAUCAGAAAACGUUAAUAUUUCUAAUCAUAAAAUCGUGUAUAAUGAUAGAAGUCGAAAAAAUACCAAUAAUAGAAACAAGCGCAAGUUUAAUCCUAAUAUUAAUGCAAAUGGCAUUGGUACAGAAAGCAAUUCAAGUUAUUAUCGACACAAAAAUCGAGAUAACUCAAGUGAUCCUGAUGCCUUGUGUGGAAUUGUGUUUUGCAAUAGUAAAAAUACAGCUAAAGUUUUAUUUGAUUUACUAUGUGAAAUGUCGAAACAUGAUUCUGACUUAGGAUUUCUUUGCGUGCAGUAUACAGUCGACAGGGUUGCUGAUCCCAUUACAGAGCCAAAGGAAGCUGAAUUAGAACAUAGGCGACAAGAAGAAGUCUUAAAAAGAUUUAGAAUGCAUGACUGCAAUUUGUUAAUAGGAACAUCCGUUCUAGAAGAAGGAAUCGAUCUUCCAAAAUGCAAUUUAGUGAUAAGAUGGGAUCCACCAACGACAUAUCGAAGUUAUGUACAGUGCAAAGGACGUGCUCGUGCUAGUCAAGCAUGUCAUAUAAUGCUAGUGUGUCCCAAUUCAAAUCAAAUCUCUGCAAAAAACAGCGAAAGGGAAUAUGAUCCUAAGCGUGAAACACUAUCACCUUAUUGCCAUAAAUUAAUAUGCGCAAAUGAAAACAGAAAUAAAGAAAGAAAAAAUGAAAUGGAAAACAUUUCGUCAGAUCAUCAGGAAACAAACAAAAAACACAGAAUAGAGGUAAAUAAUCAGAAAACUUUAGCUUUAAAACCAAUAUCAAAUGGCACAAAAGAAGUUGAAAAAAUUGAAGUAAUUACAAUAGAGUCUGGCCACAUCUUGGAACAAACCAAUCAAAAUAAUUAUUCCAAUGAAAACAAUGUUUACAUAGAAAACAACAAUGAUAUUGUAGGAGAAGAGGAAAGUUCGGAUUUAGAAUAUAGUUCAAGCUCUUCUACAACAAACAGAAUUUCAUACACAAAAUUUGACAAAAACGAGAAAAAAUCAAAAAAAAAUAAAAAACAUGGUUUUGACAACCUCAACCAAAUUAACAUAAUAUCUUUGGAUGAAGCGUUUGAUGAAAUUUCAAAUCAAAUCCAAAAUAACCACUUAGAAGCUUCUUCAAAAGACGAUAAUAGUGAUAUCGAAGACUUAAAUAAUGUGAAAGCAGAUAAAGAAGACCAAAAUUUGAAAAAUGGUGAAAGUAAAAUACAUCAUUCUGACGAAUUUCAAAAAUUCAAUUUGAAAGAGAAUACAUGUUCAAAGCUUGAUGAAUCUGGAACAUUAAAACAAUUUAACGAACAAAAAGUUCAUAAAUGUUUGGUUGAAAAUGUAGAAAGCGCAUCAAAUCAUUUAACGGAAACUAACACAAUUAACAUAGAAAAUUCGAUAAACUUUGUUAUAGAUCGUUUGGCAGAAUAUCGAGAAAUAGAAAAGAUUUUGUUGCAAAAAUGUGCCAACAGUGAGCCCUCAAUGGAACAUCAUUUCGAAGCAGAAAGAUUUUCUUCUUGCGUUGAACCAUAUAAACCGUUAUCGGAACUCUUAACAGGAGCUUCAGUCGAUAUGAGUUCUGCUAUAGCAUUAGUCAAUAAAUACUGCGCCAAACUGCCAAGCGAUACAUUUACAAAAUUAACACCGUUAUGGCGUAAAUCAAAAACUACUCGUAAGAGCCACGAACUUUUUCAAUAUACAAUUCGACUUCCAAUAAAUUCACCUCUUAAAUUUGAUAUCGUGGGCCUUCCAAUGCCAAGUGAUAUACUUGCACGACGCUUAGCUGCACUUUUAACUUGCAGAGAAUUGCAUAAAAAUGGAGAGUUGGAUGACAAUCUUCAACCAAUUGGAAAGGAAGGUUUUCAUGCUUCAGAACCUGACUGGGAAAAUUUUGAGCUUGAAGAGAACGAUGAGCAAAUUGUUCAAGAAAAUUCUGAACCACGACCAGGUACAACUAAACGGCGACAAUAUUAUUACAAAAGGAUAGCAAACGAAUUUUCGGAUUGUCGCCCAAUACCUGGUGAACCAGCUUAUUUAUAUUUCAUAGAUCUUACAUUACAAUGUCCAAUUCCUGAAGAACAGAACACUCGUGGCCGUAAAAUUUAUCCGCCAGAAGAUGCACAACAGGGUUUUGGCAUUCUAACUUUAAAACAGAUUCCAAAAGUAAGUUCUUUUCCAAUAUUUACACGUUCGGGCGAAGUAAAGGUGUCGUUAAAGCUUUGCAAAGAACAAAUAGUUUUAUCAGAAGAGCAAGUAAAAAAAAUCAAUGUUUUUUUGAAUUAUACUUUUACAAAUGUUCUGAGGCUUCAAAAAUUUUUAAUGUUAUUUGAUCCCGAUGCAACUGAAAAUAGUAUUUUUAUUGUGCCAACUAUAAAAUGCAAAUCUUCCGCGCAAGGUAUCGUUAUUGACUGGAAUUUUUUGGAGGUAAUAUGCAAAAAUUGUGAUAAGAUGCCGACACCUGUUCCAGAGCCUGAUCGCAAAGGCAGAGACUUUGAUGCAAAUCGAUUUAAAGACGCCGUCGUGAUGCCGUGGUACCGUAACCAGGAUCAACCGCAAUAUUUUUAUGUUGCUGAAAUUUGCUAUCAUUUAUCACCAGAAAGCUGCUUCCCAGGACAAAAUUAUAAAACAUUUCAGGAAUACUAUUUCCUCAAAUACAACAUAAAUAUACAAAACACGAAACAACCUCUAUUAGAUGUUGACCAUACAAGUGCCAGGUUAAAUUUUUUAACGCCUAGAUACGUUAACCGAAAAGGAGUCGCUUUACCAACAAGCUCUGAAGAGACAAAAAGAGCAAAAAGAGAAAAUUUGGAACAGAAACAAAUUUUAGUACCGGAAUUGUGCACAAUUCAUCCUUUUCCCGCUUCACUAUGGAGAGCUGCGGUUUGUUUGCCUUGUAUAUUAUACCGAAUCAAUGGUUUGCUUUUAGCUGAUGAAAUUCGGAAAAAAGUAUGUAAAGAUUUAGGGUUAGGCAGAAAAGAAAUUUUUGACGAAAAUUUCGAAUGGCCUAUGUUGGACUUUGGGUGGAGUUUAGCAGAAGUAUUGAAAAAAAGUAGAAAGCUAAUUACAGAAGAUGAUAUAAAAAAGCAGGAAGAACAAGAAAAUGAUAUUUUAAAAGAAAAUUUUGAGGAACCUGCAAAGCCUACACAUAAUGAAAGUGCAAAAGAGAAAGAAGAAAAAGUUACAAAGUCAGUGAACGAUAUUUUAGAAGAAGCUGAUGAAAAAAUGAAAGCUGAUAAUUUUGUAGAAAUCGGAACAUGGUCCAAUGACAUGGCCAACAACAUUGAAAGUGAUGCUGAUUUAGAAGAUGAUUGGGGUCUCUUACCAUCAAAUAUUAAUUUAUGUUCCACCAAGAACACAAAUAUUCGUUAUGGUUCUCCAACGAGCUGGGUGUUUCUCGGCGAAAAUAAUCAAAGAGAUAGACAUUUUUCAGAUUCCGAUGUAUCUUAUCAGUCGGACGACGAAUUUGACAUGCGUUCUUUAAUAAGUUAUUCCAAUGGUUGUAACAAUGAUAUUGAAGAUGAAGAUGAGAGUAAUGAGGCUGGGUUACGCAUAGAAUUCAAAUCUAAUAAUGUUGCUGAAGCCAUUGAAACAGAAGAACAAAUUUUAAAACGGCAGAAGCAAUUGGCAAUUAUUCAAGAAACAAGUGAAAACGAAAAAAAAUAUCAAUUGCAAAAAAAUCAGGAAAUAGGUUUUGAGCUUGAAUUAUGCCAAAAACAGAUUCUGUAUCAAUCAGAACAUUACUUAAAAACUUUUGAAGAUUUUCAAAACUCUAUAUUAAACUUCAAAAAUGAUAUAUGCUCGUCAGGGGUAUUAAAACGCCAUGAUGAAAAAUUUUCACUACCAAAAAAAGAAGUAUUAAAAGUUAGUAAUGUAGAAAAUGAUUUGAUAAAUGUUCAAAAAUUGGUUCCUUAUAUUUCUCUUAAAAAAUUGCAAAGUUAUAUGUCAGAAAAGUAUGGUGAUUUCCAAUAUUGCAAUGUACAACUGAAAAUUGAGGAUAUUGAAGAACUUAACCGAAUUCACUUGUUGGAAAAUCAAGGAGAACAGAAGGAGAAAUAUGAGGUUCUAGGUAUUGGAGAUUUAUUUGAUAAUUUUAAUGAUUUAAAUGCCAUUCAGUCUAACCAGGGUAAAUGUAAAAAUAUAUUAAUCGAUUUUGAAAGGAAUCCAAAUUCAAAUAUAUUUAAUAAGGAUGAACAAAAACAAUGUGAUCCUAUAAACGACAAUUUAAAUAUUGAAUUUAGCUUUGAUUAUCAACCUGAACUAGAUGGACAUCCAGGCCCUAGUCCUAGUGUAAUAUUGCAAGCUUUGACUAUGUCUAAUGCAAAUGAUGGAAUAAAUUUAGAACGCUUAGAAACUAUAGGGGAUUCUUUUCUCAAAUAUGCUAUUACAAGCUAUUUAUAUUGCACUUACGAAAAUGUUCAUGAAGGAAAAUUAAGUCAUUUGAGAUCAAAACAAGUUUCAAACUUGAACUUAUAUAGAUUAGGCAGAAGAAAAGUGUUAGGUGAAUGUAUGAUUGCAACAAAAUUCGAACCCCAUGAUAAUUGGUUACCCCCUUGUUAUUAUGUUCCUAAAGAAUUGGAGAAAGCUUUGAUAGAAGCUAAGAUCCCACCUUGUCAUUGGAACUUGGCUGAUUUACCAAAUAUUAAACAACUCAGCAGCGAAGAGAUCUGUGAGUUAGUGAGAAAAAAGGCUGAAGCUUUAGAUUUAUUAGAUGAUGAUACUGUUGAAGAAAUUAUAGCAUCUCCACUUGAUAAAAACAUUGAUGACACGAAUUUUACCUGCUUCAUUCCAUACAACCUUGUUACACAACAUUCCAUUCCAGAUAAGUCAAUUGCCGAUUGUGUUGAAGCUUUGAUUGGAGCUUAUUUAAUAGAAUGUGGACCACGCGGGGCACUGCUUUUCAUGGCAUGGCUUGGGAUAAGAGUUCUCCCUAUUGUAAAAAAAAAUAAUAAGCCCGGUGAGCUGCGUAAACCAGGUACAACUUUGCCUGAUGAAAAUAAUGAAAUUACUAUUUAUGGAGAAUGGAAUGCCCCAAAAUCACCCCUUUUAAAAUUUGCUCCUAAUCCUUUUGAACAACUUGAGCUUCUGUUGGAUGGUUUCAACCACUUUGAAGAUGAAAUUGGUUAUCAUUUUAGAGACCGCUCUUAUUUAUUGCAAGCUAUGACACACGCAAGUUAUUCACCCAAUAGAUUAACUGACUGUUAUCAACGAUUAGAGUUUUUGGGUGACGCUGUUUUAGACUAUUUAAUUACACGUCAUCUUUAUGAAGACCCGAGACAGCACUCCCCUGGCGCUCUGACAGAUUUAAGAUCAGCGUUAGUAAAUAAUACCAUUUUUGCAUCAUUAGCAGUUAGGCACGGUUUUCACAAAUAUUUUCGGCAUCUUUCCCCAGCAUUAAACGAAGUUAUUGAUCGUUUUGUUAGGAUUCAACAUGAAAAUGGACAUGUUAUUAGUGAAGAAUAUUAUUUGUUAUCAGAAGAGGAAUGUGACGACGCAGAAGAUGUUGAAGUGCCUAAAGCUUUAGGUGAUGUCUUUGAAUCUGUGGCAGGUGCAAUAUUUUUAGAUUCCAAUAUGUCAUUAGAUAUGGUGUGGAAAGUAUACAGUAAUAUGAUGAAACCUGAAAUCGAACAAUUCAGUAAUUCUGUUCCAAAAUCUCCAAUCAGAGAAUUGUUAGAAUUAGAACCAGAAACCGCUAAAUUUGGACGCCCAGAGAAAUUAGCUGAUGGCCGACGUGUACGUGUAACAGUUGAGGUUUUCGGUAAGGGAACAUUCCGAGGCAUUGGCAGAAAUUAUCGGAUUGCUAAAUGUACAGCUGCAAAGUGCGCUUUACGUCAAUUGAAAAAACAAGGUCUUAUAACAAAAAAACAUUAAUGAUGAAUCAUAUAUAAAUUUUUUGUAUGAUAGCAAAAGUAAUUAAAAUAUUACAAAACGCUUAAAACUGGGUAAAAUAGAUUGUUACAUACUUAUUUGUAUGUAAAUUAACAUUAGCUUAAUUUCUAUUAAAGUUAACUUAAUGGUUAAUUUUAAAAUUUGCAACAAUAAAUUAUAAGUUGCAAAUUAUAAAAUUAACCAUUUUUAAUUUUAUCUUUUAAUUAUGUAUGUAUGUAAAAGUUAAUUUUUUUAAACUUAGCUACUUUUUAUAUAAUUAUUUUGUAUAAAUCAAACAUUUUA